AUGGCAGACGAACAAGCAGAUCUUGUGGCUGCACACCCACCAGCAGUUAAGGCAGGUGGUAUGCGCAUUGUGCAACACAAGACGCCUACAGCCGAGCGUCCAGCAAAUGGUGCCGAGGAUUGUACAGAAUUGACGGAAACUGCUGGUGGGAAUAGCUUGUCUAUAAGCGGCGCUCCCAUGAAGGGCAAUAUUGUGCAUACACCACAGGCCGUACAGGUCGCCCAUGCGCUCAAACCACCGGCCAGAACUAUAGCCAAAACAAACACAGCGGAAGCAAUAACGAUAACCAAAAGACCCCAAUAG